CAUCGGGAUCGCGCCGUUCUCUGGGUUCCAUUUGUGGCCUCGCGCGAGCGCGUUGUUGCGGCGGUGGCCUAUCGUCACGACACAUUUGCGGGUUUGUAUGCCCGCUUUUUUUUUUAAAGGGAACUCGCUCGGGAUAUUACCUUUUCCAGGAAUUCUUCUGUUGAAGAUUUCGAGGAUAAUCGUCUGACGCUGACAGCAGACGCAACGGUUGCUGCCGGGUUUCAGAGGAAGACUUAUCAAGCGAUCCCCCCCUGAGGUGGCAGCUUGGUACUGCACGAAGUCUCAACCAAUGCGCAUUUAUUUCCAGUCACUUUGAAGGAUCACCAUUUCAAGAUAUCGGCGAAUAUAAAUACUGGCAACCGUCCACCAUGUCCAUCAUCAUCCGACUGCAGAACUUGCCAUGGGCAGCAAACUCGCUGGACAUUCGUCGCUACUUCCAGGGCCUCAACAUUCCCGAGGGCGGCGUGCACAUCGUGGGCGGCGAGAAGGGCGACGCCUUCAUCGCCUUCGGCAGCGACGAAGAUGCGCGCCAGGCCAUGGAGCGCGAUGGCGGCAAAAUCAAGGAAGUCCGCAUCAAGCUUCUGCUCAGCUCGCGCGCCGAGAUGCAGCGCAUCAUCGACCAGGCGCGCGCUCAGCAUACGGCACCUCCUCCUGUCAAGAAAGAGGAGCGCCGUCGCCCUAGUCCUGACGACCGCUCGCGUAGGCCACCACGGGACCGUUCACCGAGGCGCCGGUCGUCGCGGCGGGACCGCAGCCACAGCCGCUCGCCGCCGUACCGCAGGGAGAAGGACCGAUCGCGAUCUUCGCGCUCUGACGAGCGCCGCCGAAGCUUUGACGACCCGGGUCGAGUGCCGGAACCCUCAAAGGUGUCCAAUGGCCAGGCGUCAGAGCGCAAAGGUUGGGAUGAAAAGCCGCCUUACACAGAUCCGAGCAAAACGGCGCCGCCAAUCUUCCCCAUCGGCAACGUGAACCAGGCGGCACGGCCGCAAAGUGACGUCAACGCGGCACCUGUGAACAUGGCUUGCCAACCCGCAGCGCUUCCGAAUUUGGCGGCUUUCAACCUGCCUCCUGUUGGCUUGAUGAGCAACUUGUCAGGUCUUGCAGCUAACAUGAUGGGCGGCUUGAUGGGCGCUGCUGGCGGCGACAUGAUGGGUGGUAUGGCGGCCAACAUGGGUGAAGGCGUGCCCGCCAACGUGGCCAGCAGUCUUCCCAGCAGUCUCGCUGGUCAAAUCGGUGGUGGCAUGUCAGGCAGCAUGGCCGCCAAUAUGGCCGGAGGUAUGCCUGGGAACGUCACUGGCGGAGUGCCUGCUGCAAUUCCUGGUGGUUUGGCUGGCAACAUUCCUGGAAGCAUGCCCGGCCACAUGGGUGGCAUGUCGGGCGCUGCUGCUGGCAUGGUCGCCAAUGUGAGCGGCGGAAUGGUUGCUGGGAUGCCUGGCAACAUGGCUGCCAACAUGCCAGGUGCUUUCGGAAUGGGUGAUGCGAUGGGUGUGCCAAACAACAUGGAAAGCAUGGGAAACAUGGCUCCUGGCUUCGUCGAUCGACGUUUAGACGGCGCUGGAAAAGUGGACCGAAAGAGCGAUGGAGGGCCCCCUGUGGGAGCACGCGACGUGUCCCGUCACGCGGAAGAGAGUUGCUGCGUCGAACUGCGUGGUCUAACCGGGGCUCCGACUCCUCGAGAUGUGAAGGACCUUUUCCGAGGACUGCGUAUAUUCAGCGGCUGCAUUCGCGUGGCCACUUCGGAAACCGGUAUCAAGAGUGUUGUGGUGCGUUUUGCCAACAAGUGGGAUGCUCGUGAGGCAAUUCAGGGUGACUACAAGAUACUGUGUGGCGAUCCUAUCCAGGUAGUUCCUUUCCCUGAGGACCUUUUUGAACAAACUGAAUUGCUCGUCUCACCCUCUGCGGUACCACCUAACCAGGGCCGCUCCCGCGAAUCCGACAUGGUCGUCGUAAUGAAGGGUCUUCCUUACAAUACAAGUGAGCAAGACGUCCUGCAGUUUUUCUCGGGGCUCAAUGUUUUGGACAUCUUUGUGGAACAUGAGCGUAGUGGUCGCGCCAUCGGCACGGCCUUCGUGGAAUUCGGUGACAAGAGAGACUUUGAAACUGCCAUGAGUAUGCAGAGACGCAAAAUCGGCCACCGAUACAUCGAGCUCUCUGUGGGUAGCCGUGACGCCAUGUAUGCGGCGAGAAAUGGCGAUAAUAUCCGGCCAGAUGGCAUGCCAGUGAGUCGCCGAGAUGAAGAGCCGCCUGUGGCUCAUGGAGCAGGCCCGGACCGCGCUCCCGAAGUAGGUCACGGGCCCGGACCGAUGCACGGACCUGGGAUGGGCCCUGCGGUCCCGGCCCACGGGCCUGGCCACCCGCUCGUGCCACCUGGACACACCUGCGUUUCCAUGCUUGGAUUGCCGAACACGGUGACCGACAGGGACAUCGCUGACUUCUUCAGCACUCAGGGUGUCAUACCACGCGCCAUUCAUAUAAUGCUCGGUGCAAAUGGUGUGCCUACUGGUCACGCAUUUGCCGAAUUUGCGACUCAUGCCGACUGCGAGAGGGCAUUCCUGCAAGACGGCGCGAAUCUUGGGCCGCAUGUAAUAGCGCUCAAGACGAUACCGUACAGCGAAGUAGCGCAAGCGUUGGGAGGCCACCACCGUCCCGACGGCCGGCCAGACGGUCGCCCUGAUAACCGCUAUGACAACCGCUUCGAUGGUCGCCUCCACAACCGCGGCGGUGACGGUCGGCCCGAACGGCCGGGCAUGCGGCCCGAGGGGCGCUUCGAGCCAGGACCGCCGGGGCCACCUCCGCGUGAGCGCGAUGGUCCGCCUAAACGGCCGCUGCUCGAGCGCUCCUCGCGGCCGCCCCUGUUCCCCGAGGCAGGGCCUCGUCGUGGUCCGCUCUUCCCUGACCGAGGAGGGCCCCUUCCCGACCGCGGAGGGCCCCUUCCCGACCGCGGAGGGCCCCUUCCCGACCGCGGAGGGCCCCUUCCCGACCGCGGAGGGCCCCUUCCCGACCGCGGAGGGCCCCUUCCGGAACGCGGAGGGCCCCUUCCCGACCGCGGAGGGCCCCUUCCCGAACGUGGAGGGCCCCUUGCCGAACGUGGAGGGCUCCUUCCGGAACGUGGAGGGCCCCUUCCGGAACGUGGAGGGCCCCUUCCGGAACGUGGAGGGCCCCUUCCGGAACGUGGAGGGCCCCUUCCGGAACGUGGAGGGCCCCUUCCCGAACGCGGAGGGCCACUGCUGAGGGCGCCGCGUCACGAGGAACCGCCGCCACCGCCGCGUGGUAUGGAUAGCUUCGGUAAGCCCGGAUGCGUCGUCACCGCCACGAACAUCCCGUACCGCGCUGGCGUCGACGAUAUCAUCAACUUCUUCCAGGGCUACGAAUUGACCAAAGAGAAUGUCAUGCGGCGCUUCAACGACCGGGGCCAGGCGACGGGUGACGCACGGAUUGCCUUUCCGACACCGCGAGACGCGCAGGAAGCCCUCUCGAAAUUCAACAACCGACCGAUGCAAGGCCGAGCGAUCUCAUUGGGCAUAUUGUGAACUCUCGUCCCCAUCAUCUUCAUUCACUGUGCAGUCUUUUGUUUUGUUUUCAUUUGUGAGUUAAGUGAUGCAGUUUCUGAGCGUGUUCCCAGUCGUGAAGUGCACCAUUCUUGUACAGAAACUUAUCAUCCAAAGUUGAGCUACCAUGGUUGGCUCUCAUGUAUAGUCAUUCAUUAAAAGUCAUUUUGUUGUCCA